CCCGGGCAUCGGCUCGCCGGACAGCGGGACUGGGGCGGCCGGACUCCCUGCCCGGGACACCGGGGCGGCUGGAACCCCCCCGUGCCGAGCCCUGGGUCGCCCCUAAGCCCCACCCGGGCCCCCCCGGAGCACGGCGGGAUGCUGGGGGGCUGAGCGAGCGGCCCUGCGUGCACGGACGAUGAAGCUGCCACCCGCCUGCUGCCGGCUCCAGACGCUGGGGGCCGCCCUGGGGGUCUGCGUCACCAUCGGCUUCACGGUGCAGCUCCUGGGGGGGCCCUUCCAGCGCAGGGCCCCCGUGGCCCCCGCCGGCCGCCCCCCUGCGCCCUGCCAGCCUCGCACCCACCUGGUGUUCCUGAAGACCCACAAGACGGGGGGCAGCAGCGUGGUCAACCUCCUGCACCGCUUCGGGGAGGCACGGGGGCUGCGCUUCGCCCUGCCCCACCGCUACCAGUUUGGGUACCCCAGCCCCUUCCGGGCCGAGCGGGUCAAGGGGUACCGCCCAGGGGGUCCCCCCUUCGACAUCAUCUGCCACCACAUGCGCUUCAACCUCACCGAG